GGACAGUGAGGAUGGAGGAUGUUGCUCUCUCUAUUUCUCUCUGAUGGAAGGAUUUUUGCUCUUGAGAAGCUGAUCAGGAAGGUGGUGUGGAGUGAUGCAGACGUCCCGGUCUCAGAGCCACCGAGUCUGAACACACACGCAACAGGAAGUCCUGCUAAUGCGAAGAACACACAAGACAUGUAAUUCCACUCGGAAAGGUUUUCUCGUAUCCACUGAGGACCUGCGAAGACAAAGGAGAUAGAAGAUGUGUACACAAGUUGUUUGUGUUUAAAAAACAACAACAAAAAAAAACAAAGAAAGGACAAACAGGAGAGAGAAGAGUAAUUAAUUCAGACGAGAAAGGGAAAAAAACAAGCAAGAAAAACAAUGUUUAUCUAAACUGAAACCAGCCCCUGGUGGUGGAGUCAUAACGUGGAUAUUUACCUUCUGGAAUACCUUUAAUACCCAAACUUUACACCUGGAAUAGGGGAAGGUCAUGACCCAGAUGCCAUGCGGAUCACCACGGUGACCGGCCUUCUCAACCCCGCCCCUUACUUUUUCCUAUUGGCCCAGCUGCUGUUUUGGCUCCUCCUCCUGGGCCAAGACAUUGCAGGAGCCACAUCGACCUGCCCGACACCUUGCAGCUGUUCCAAUCAGGCGAGCCGAGUCAUCUGUACAAGACGAAACCUGGACGAGGUCCCGGAGAAUAUAUCCAACAACACGCGAUACCUAAACUUACAGGAGAACUCGAUACAGGUGAUAAGAUCUGACACCUUCAAGCACUUGCGACACUUGGAGAUUCUCCAGCUUUCCAAGAACCAGAUUCGUCAGAUUGAAGUUGGUGCGUUUAAUGGCCUCCCGAAUCUCAACACGUUGGAACUGUUCGACAACCGGCUCACUCUGGUGCCAUCACAAGCGUUUGAGUAUCUCAGCAAGCUUCGUGAGCUCUGGCUACGAAACAACCCCAUCGAGACGUUGCCUGGCUAUGCCUUCCACCGUGUGCCCUCCCUUCGCCGUCUCGAUCUGGGCGAGCUUAAAAAGCUGGACUACAUUUCAGACGCUGCCUUUGUCGGCCUUGUUAAUCUGCGCUACUUGAACCUGGGCAUGUGCGGUCUGAAGGACAUCCCCAACCUGACACCUUUGAUCCGACUAGAGGAGCUGGAGCUUUCUGGAAACAGGCUGGAAAUCAUAAGACCUGGAUCCUUCCAAGGCCUGGAGUCCUUACGCAAACUUUGGCUUAUGCACUCCCAGAUGUCUGUUAUUGAGCGUAAUGCUUUUGAUGACCUCAAGAGUCUAGAAGAGCUGAAUCUGUCACACAAUUCCCUGCACUCACUUCCCCAUGACCUUUUUACCCCAUUGCAGAAGCUAGAGAGAGUACACCUGAACCACAAUCCCUGGGUAUGUAAUUGUGAUGUGUUAUGGCUUAGCUGGUGGCUGAAAGAAACUGUACCAAGUAAUACAACUUGCUGUGCACGCUGCCAUGCACCACCCUACCUGAAGGGCAAAUACAUUGGGGAACUGGACCAAAGCCACUUCACUUGUUAUGCCCCUGUUAUUGUCGAACCUCCCACUGACCUCAAUGUGACCGAAGGUAUGGCUGCUGAACUCAAGUGUCGCACCGGAACCUCCAUGACAUCUGUAAACUGGAUUACACCGAAUGGAACUCUGAUGACACAUGGAUCAUACCGUGUCCGAAUCUCUGUGCUACAUGAUGGUACUCUGAAUUUCACAAACGUCACCUUGCGUGACACUGGUCAGUACACCUGCAUGGUGACCAACUCAGCUGGCAACACCACAGCAACCGCUGUCUUAAACGUCACAGCAGCAGAUACCAGUGUCAAUUACACUUAUUUCACUACAGUAACUGUUGAAACUGUAGAAUCCACAGGAGAAGAGGAUUCCGCCAUACGUUUGAUCAAUGAAACUAUCAUCCACAUCCCUGGUUCUACAACUUCUGGACGUCUCUGGCAUGAUGGCAUCCCAACGACAGCUUCUUCUUUAUCAGUUUUUGGAUCGUCAUCUUCUCCGCGAGCAACUAAACCUACAUUUACUGUCCCGGUCUCUGAGCCGAGCUACCCGACCGGGCUGGAUGAUGUAAUGAAGACUACUAAGAUUAUAAUUGGCUGUUUUGUAGCUAUCACUUUCAUGGCAGCUGUUAUGCUGGUAGUCUUUUACAAGCUGAGGAAGCAGCAUCAGCUGCACAAGCACCACGGACCAGCGAGAGCAAUUGAGAUUAUCAACGUGGAGGACGAGAUUGGUGCCAGCGCUAGUGUCCGUGGAAGUGGAAUCUCUGGUGGUUCCACUAUGCCCCAGGCCGGAUCCAGUGGUGGAAGCCAAAGCUUGAGGCUGCAUCAUCCAGAGAUCGUCAACCUACCCAACCUGGCUCGGACGGACCACCUUAACCACUACUAUAAGCCCCACCACUUCAACAACAACAUGAUGAGUUUGGGGCUUUCUGGAAGCUCUGGAAUUGGUCUCAACAACAACAACAACCCUUGUUCACAGGGCCAGCCCACGCCGAUCUCCUGUUCCCAGGUGCCAGUCUCAGUGAGCUCUAUUCCAUCCUCAAUGCCCCUGCCUACCCUAGGUAUCCACGGAUCACUCAAAGGCCUAAUGGGUAAAGGGCAAAACCCUCAAAUCGAGCCUUUACUCUUUAAGAGUGGCUCCAAGGAGAAUGUCCAAGAGACCCAGAUCUGAGAAAGCGAGAGAGAAAGAGAGAAAGAGAGUGUGUGAGAGAAAGGGAAUAGAGAGAUAAAACAAGGGAGGGAAAACUAAAACGAUGACAUGAGGGAGACAAAAACAGAUGAAGUGUACUGGCUGUUCAGCCCCCGUGGCUUUGUUGUUCUCAGGAGUAACGAGCGAGGUAGACCCAGCAUUGUAUGACAUAUUACCUACACAAGAACAAGACGUUGCUGUGAACCACUACGCCGCAGCGCCAGAGUCAAAGAGAGGGAGGGAGAAAAAGCCAGAAAGACACAUGCCGCAGCAUUUAGAUUAAUGCUUACCGAACCAACGCUGACUACGUUCAAUGUCAAAACGAUACCAUCAGCCGAGUGAGCACUCUCAAUACACACGGUAUCGAUUUAAUACACGAUCAGUAACUAUGUGCCAAACUGUCACAGAUACGUGCCAAAGCUAAAUCUUUGUGCAUUACAAAGCUCAGAACAAUAAGUCAGAUAUGCGAAGAUGCUGUCGGAAAAUAACUCCACACACAGUAUGCAGUAAAUGAGACGUUUAUAAAUUUGAGAGCAAAAUUUUUAUAUAUGUAUAUCGAACAUACAGAUGUGUUCUAAAUAUGUAUAUAUUACACAAGCAGCCGAAAGCGUCCUAGCCUCGGCGUAGGAGUGCCAAGAAAAGACAACAGUUCAGUAGGUCAAGAUUAUUAUUUCAUUAGCUGUAGAGGUUUGCAGUAGCAUUCAGGGUGGACGGAUAAGACAGACCAGCACUGUGUCGAGGGCUUGUGCUUCGUUCUGAUGGACUCCGCCAUAUUCUCACUUUCUCUAUCCUUUCAACACCUCGAGGUGGAAGAAAGGGAAAGACAGAGCAAUUUUUUGUUUCUUUUGUUUUUCUCAAAGGAACCUAAAGGGCAAAAGACAAUUAUCAAAAAAUUUGAAAUAACAAAAAGAAACAAACAAACUGUGAAAUGACACAAGAUAUAUAAAUAUAUUUUUCAUUCAGAGAAAUAAAUUAUGAAGAAUCUUAAAAUUUUUUUUUUGACCGAAAGCCACGUCUUUGGAUGGAUCGAGCGUCUGCACUUUGCCGACAUUUAGCGUGCUCGUAGACGGCCAAACGUCGGGAUUCUUCUGGAGAUCCCGAAGUUUCUGUUUUGACUCGUUUUUAGUCCUUGAAGUCCCUCUUCCCUAUUUUUUUCAUGUUGAAUUUUACUAACAGGGUUUUUCGGUGACAUGUCAUGUUUUGUUCAUCCUUCGAGUGAAAUCGAUCCCUGAUUCCUGUUGAACAUUUUAGCGUUAACGAUGUUGAAUUCAAUUGAAUUGUACGGAUUGACGGGGGGAAAUAAAAUCACCGACACACUAUGCUAACCAUGACGCAGUAAUAGGUAACGUAACUAAAAGCAAAAUGUGAAUUUUUUUCUAAAUGCUGCUAUAAACACAAACAGAGAGAGAG